AUGGUUCUCAAUUGUUUAGUGAAGAAACUCCCAAGUCUUUCAGAUGUAUCGAUAGAGCAUGGGGUAGAAGUGGAAGAGGAUGAAGGCUGGAAAAUGGCUCCCAGUAAUUUCCUUUCAAUAAUGGAGGAAGGAAGCAGUCGAUACAAAGCCGUUUGGCAGAACAGAGACGAGAGAUGGGAUUUUCUCCAGGAUCACGACCCGGAGCUGAUCAAAGAAAAGAAACGGGAAGAAGUGGAGGAAGAGAUCAGAGUGCAGGUUGAUGAAUUGAUGCAGCGGAAACUGGAGGAUCUCAGACUGGCUGUGGAUGGAGAGAAGAGUGGCAAACCAAAAAAAGGAAGAAAAAGUGACAAGAAAAAGAAGACAGCCGCAAAGAAAAAGAUACCUGAGAUGGAGGAAGAUCUAACUCCUGACAGGACCAUCGAUUCUCUGUACAGAGAACUAGUGGAAGAAGGAUUACUAAUAAAAGCCAAGACCGUGAAUCUCUCCGACUAUGUUGGCGAGUACAGCUAUCUGGGGACUACACUUCGUCAGGUAGAUGUAGAGCCGAUGCCCUCUCUCGCAGAUGUCAGACAGCUAAUAGCGCUGUAUGGAAUAUUGCCAUUAGGUUCCCAGACGGUCCAUGAGAAGGCUCCUUUGGUGAAAGCUUUGUUACUAGCUGGACCUGCUGGUGUUGGAAAGAGAAUGCUGGUGCAUGCCAUCUGCACAGAAACAGGAGCCAACCUCUUCAACUUAUCUGCUUCCAAUAUUGCUGGGAAAUAUCCAGGCAAGAGCAGCCUACAAAUGAUGCUUCAAAUGGUUCUCAAGGUGGCUAAGCAAUGGCAGCCUUCAGUGGUGUGGAUUGGAGACACAGAAAAAAUAUUUUCUAAAGCAGUACCGAAGGCUGAACUAGAGACGAGCCCAAAACGACUAGAGAAGAUCCUCCCUAAAUUCCUUAAGGCUUUGAAAGCACAGGACAGAGUGCUGCUCGUGGGAACCACCAACCGUCCCUUUGAUGCUAACCUUAAACUUUUCUGCAAAGUCUACCAAAAAAUUAUUCUGAUUCCUAGGCCUGACUACGCUUCAAGAUUUGUGUUAUGGAAACACAUCAUCCUGCAGAGCGGUGGAGAGAUCACCAACGCGCUCAACAUCAGCUGCCUGGCAAAGCUGUCCGAUGGUUUCACCCAGGGACACAUCGUGCAGGCGGUACAAGCUGUCCUGAGCGAGCUACGCCUCCUGCAGAUGACCAGAAAGCCGCUGAGCACUGAUGAGUUCGUGACUUCUCUGGCCAUGCAGGACCCGGUAUACAAAGAGGAGGAAGAAACGUUUAAGGCUUGGUAUGCCAAGACACCUCUGGGCAGAGCGCGAAGCAGAGCCCUGGCAGGGAGUACGAAGGCAGGAAAAGGAAAAAACAAAAGAAAAUAA